AUAACUUGGAAUUAACUGAAGGGUUAAACUGUGCAAUUCGAGCAAAGCAUAGACGUACCUGUAAGCAUCGAGGCGGAAAACACGGAGGAAAUAAAGUUGUAAAAGACACUGAUAAAAACUGGUAAAAGAAAUAUUUGGGAGAGUCGGAUAACAGGAAUAGAGCUGGAAUCGCCCAUGGCGAGUAGAUUUCUCAAAAGGCACUUUACAUUUUAAGGAUCUGGAGUUUGGAAUUGCGCAUUUGAAUAGCUCGGAUCCUGCACUGAAUCUCCAUUCGACAACAUGAGUUUAGUUGGAGGUUUCCAACAUCAUCCUUUAAUGCAUGAAGGUUUCCCAUUUGCCACAAAUAGUCGUUGCCACCAAGACCAUCCCUUCUUCCAAAGCUGGGUGUUAAACCAGGGAGAACUAUCUCCCGAUUACCCGGGACAGCCUUCCUACAGCCCGGACUAUGGGAUCAGCGGAUCGGCGCAGGAGCCAGGCCGCUUUGGGGCGGUUGCAGAUCGGCCUGGGAGGCGACGAGGAACCGCGAUCCCGAAGAAGGAGAGACGCAGGACCGAGAGCAUCAACAGUGCGUUUGCUGAGUUAAGAGAAUGUAUCCCGAAUGUUCCGGCAGAUACCAAACUGUCUAAAAUCAAAACGCUGAGACUGGCAACUAGUUACAUCGCUUAUCUCAUGGACCUUCUGGCGAAAGACACCCAGAAUGGAGAGACUGAGGCUUUCAAAGCAGAUCUCAAGAAAAUAGACAGCAAGGAAGGGAAACGCAAACGAGAAAUGAAUGAAAUAGUAAACGGCUCCAUUAGGGGCAGUGACAAGAAGAUGAAAGGGCGGACGGGCUGGCCACAGCAGGUCUGGGCUCUGGAGCUCAAUCAGUGACAGUCAAACUGAAAACUUUCACAACUUUGUUCAGACUCAAAAGGACUGGACCUGAUCCCAGAAACCUGCUAAGCUUCCAGACUGGGCAUCAAACCACUUCAAGGACUAUUUAUGUGCAAUGUUAUAUCCUCUUAAGUUAAGGACUGCGAAAAGGGAAAAAUAACCAUUUAAAAUAUUGUUUUCACUGGUACUGCAAUUUGUCAAAAGUGUAUGAUUCACAAUAGCCAGAGAUAAAGUGCCAGCUCUGGCUUAAAAAAUUGUCCAAAAAAAUCGAUCUUGAAAUUGGAAUUAUACACAGAAAUUGGAAUUCUCUGACAGAAAACAAUCGGGGGAGGGGAGGGUUCAUACAUUUUAUCUAACUCAUCCGAAUGCUACAUCGAGAUUGUGGUCAUCCAUAUAAUCUACCAGAGCGUUUCUAACAUAUUUUGACAGCGAUAUUGAGCAGCAACUUCCAAAGGCUUGAAGGGAAUGUUGCGUCCUGCUCCCCUUUUCUCCAAACAAAAGUUGCAAAUCGUGGACGUGCGAUUGAAAACUUUAUUUAAAUAAAAGUUUUUAACUACAAUUUCAAAUAGUUUUGUUUGCAGCGUAGUAUAAUAGGCGGUUGUACUUCCAAGUGUUGUUAAUUCGUGCACUAACCACCUCCACCAACAACAACUUGCGCCCUUUAUGUAGCGCCCUUCAUACCGGACGGUGUCUCGGAGCGCUUUAGUGUAUGUAACACCAAGUAUUUGUUUGGAUCGAUUCAGAGCCGGGAACAUUCUUGCUCUAGAGGGGAAAUUCUGCCAUUUCCCAUAAGUAUGAAAUUGGAUCAAGAUAUUCACAAAACUUGAUUACAUUCUUUAAAGAAUACAAAUUUCAAUUUUUAAUUUAAAAUAAAUUUUAGUGAAACGGAGAAAUAUUAAUCUUUCUUCAUUGGAACUGCGGAGAUGGUUAGGCGGUCUAAAGCUAAAUGUUAUUAUUAUUAUUAAAAAUAGACGUUACAUUCCAGCAAAACUCACAAACUACUUGCAAUGAUGUAGCCAUCGAAUUCCAACCUUUGCUGCUUUCCCGAAGGAAUGGGUUGUGUAAAUGCUGAGAUAUUACAACAUGUGGAUACCUCAAACAUGGAUCCAGCUGCGGCGAAUAUUAAAGCUUAAAAGUUUGAGUCGUGGUAUCUUUUCAGUGUUUCAUGGACCUUUAUACCCAAUCCAGCGAAAGAACUUUAAGCAGUAAAAUCACAACUGACCUCUCUGGAAUUUGUGCUGAAUUUCUCAAUCUUUGGAAAAUUUAUAGUAACAGCAAUAUUUGAAUUUGAACUAUUUUUAAUAUCAAAAUUUAUUU